AUGCCCCCGAAGGUGACGCCGAAGAAGGACGGGCCGCAGCAGCAGCCGGAUCUCACGGCGAUUCUGGCGCAGCUCACCGCCUACUUGGAGAACCAGUCCAAAACACAGGAGGCUCUCCUUGAGCAGCUCUCCAAGCCGAAGGACAACGAGUUCCUGAUGGAAGCACUUUCCAACACCAUCCCGGAAUUUGUUUACGAUCCCCAAGGCGGACUGGUUUUCGACAAGUGGUACUCCCGGCACGAGGAGGCCUUCAACAAGGGCGGGGAGAAGCUGGAGGAAGCGGACAAAGUGCGGCUGCUCGUGCGAAAGCUGUCCUCGGUGGAUCACGACCGCUACGUGAACUACAUCCUACCGGAGAACCCACCGGACAGAUCGUUCCAGGACACGGUGGACACGCUUAAGGAGAUGUUCGGGCACCAAACGUCCGUGUUCUUCCGGCGCUACCAGUGUCUGCAGACGACCAAGCGGAAUGCGGAGGAUUUCGUCACGUACGCCAGUACCGUCAACCGAGCGUGCGAGGAUUUCAACAUCCGGACGAUUACCUCCGACCAGUUCAAGUGCCUGGUGUUUGUCGCUGGUCUGCAGUCGGAGCGGUACAAGGACAUCCGGACCCGGUUGCUGGCGAAAAUGGAAGGCGAGACGGCGGAGCACCCGAUGACUCUCAAGAAGCUGUUAUUGGAGUGCCAGCAUUUGGACAACCUCAAACACGACACUGCUGUUAUUGAGGGUCCGAAGCCGGCCGUCAAAGCGGUCCAGCAGGAUCGCUGCGUCUUUCGCGAGUCGGGCAAACCGGAACGGAAGUUCGACGACAGGAAUCCGUCCAAGGCAACCCCACGACGUCCGUGCUGGCAGUGCGGGCAGAUGCACUUUGUUGCAGACUGCUCGUACACGAAACACACCUGCAACACGUGCGGCAAAGUGGGACACAAGGAAGGAUACUGUGCUUGCUGCUCCAAACCCUCCGGUUCCGGAGAAGGUGCAUCACACACAGCACCCGGAGGCGGCAAGAAGAAGCACAAAAAGAAGCGGGCCGACGGCGGGGGAAACUCAAACGGAGUGUACGCUGUCAACAAGGAAGGUGUCGUCGGACGGCGCAAGUUCGUGGAAGUUCUGAUCAACAACGAACCGAUCGAACUCCAGCUCGACUGCGGAUCGGACUAUACCAUCAUCUCGACGGAUUCACUUCCCCUGCUCGGCAACCCAGAAACCAUUCCGACGGAACUGCGGGUGGCCACAGCCUCAGGCAAACCCCUUCCGCUGGAAUUGGAGUUCGAGUGUGACGUCACGUUCGGGACCACCAAGCGUUCCGUGUGCUACGUCACUCCUGUGCGCGGUUUCAAGGUUCUUGGGAGCGACCUGAUGGAAGCUUUCGGGCUGUACGACAUUCCGAUCAACGACUUCUGCAAGCAACUCACUACUGCGGAGGACUCGUUGGCGUGUGGUGCUGCGCUGAAGGCGAAAUUUCCGGCGGUGUUCCAGGAAGGACUCGGACGGUGCACGAAAACGAAGAUCCAGCUGUUCCUGAUCGACGGGGCGAAGCCGGUCUUCAGGCCUAAGCGGCCAGUGCCGUUCCACUCGCAGCGGCUGGUCGAGAAGGAGCUCAACCGAUUGCAGAACAUGGGAGUGCUGGAGCCGGUCGACUACUCGGACUGGGCGGCACCCAUCGUGGCAGUUCGGAAGGCGCAGCGCGACGCAGACGGAGAUCCGGUGGUCCGCAUUUGCGCGGAUUACUCGACCGGGUUGAACGCUGUGCUGGAGGCGAACAAGUACCCUCUCCCUACCCCCGACGACAUCUUCGCAAAGCUGGCUGGCAGCAAGUUCUUCAGCGUGAUUGACCUGUCGGACGCUUAUCUGCAGAUGGAGGUAGAGGAGGAGUCGCAGAAGCUGUUGACUAUGAACACACACAAGGGGCUGUUCAAGGUCAAGCGUCUGCCGCCGGGAGUGAAACCCGCUCCUGGAGCCUUCCAGAAGGUCGUUGACAACAUGCUCGCCGACCAGGAAGGAGCGGCGUCGUUCCUCGACGACGUGCUGGUGUUCGGCCGAACGCGCGCUGAGCACGACCGGAACUUGGAGCAAACGCUGCAGCGGAUCCAAGAUUUCGGUUUCCGGCUCAAGAUCGAGAAGUGCAAGUUCUACAUGACGGAGAUGCCACCGCCGAAGAACCUCACCGAGCUGCGUUCGUUCUUGGGCGCGGUCAACUACUACGCGAAGUUCAUCAAGGAGAUGCACCAGCUGCGUAGGCCACUCGAUCUGCUGCUGAAGAAGGACGCAAAGUGGGCCUGGUCGGACGACUGCCAACGAUCGUUCGAGCGCUUCAAGGAGCUGCUCAAGUCUGACCUGAUGCUGACCCACUACAACCCGACGCUGGACAUUAUCGUGGCCGCUGACGCUUCGCAAACCGGAAUCGGCGCCACAAUCCGACAUCGUUUCCCUGACGGUUCGGAGAAGAUAAUCCAGCACGCCUCAAGAUCGUUAACACCGGCGGAACAAGCGUACGGGCAGAUCGACAAGGAAGCUCUGGCGCUCGUCUACGCUUGCUCAAUCAACGUCAACUGGAGUUUCCUGUGCUGCAAGGGCGGAAGUAUCAUCUGCUGCAAAAUCUGUCUGACGGCCUACCCCCUCGUGUGCCUCCAGUUCAACCCGCCGGAAGGUCGCUUCAUCUGCGGAGAGUUCGAAUCCGGCCGACUGCACCUGUACGAUGAGAUCGUCUGGGCCAAAUAUUCCAUGAUAAAGUUCUGGCCUGCGCUCACGGUGCCUCCGCCAGCGGUCCCAGACUUAGUGUUCCGGCGGAAACACGAGCAAACGGACAUUUACGUGCACUUCUUCGACACGCACGACUUUGGGUGUAUUAACCGGAGGUGA